CAAGGGCUCUAGCCUUGCUUUUAGCACUCUAUGACUCUUGAGAAUUGAGCAGAACAAGUAGGAGAAUGUAUAACAGAAUCUUAAAUAAUAGCACCAAGUAAAGCGGCUCAAAAGCUGUAGAAAAUAAGUGCUAAUUAGAACCAUCUUUACUCUGUAAUGAUUUGGGAAUGAUAGCCUUAGAGGUCUCCCAAAAUUCAUAAAUAUAAAACCUUCGAUUUUGCAUCAUAAAUAGGUUUGGCUGUCUUUUUACUGUAAAUGAUCGAUAUUUCAAUAUUUGUGGCUGCUUUAGACUCAUUAAAUGUUACUAUAACCUCCUUUAAAUCGUAAGCAUUGGUGAUUUGAAUAGCAUAAUUUAAACAUAAAGCCUCUCUGCUUAAUGUAUGCCUGAUCUACCACCAAUAAUGAACUAGGGGCUGAGAAGAAGUCAUUCAACAAUAUAGCACUUUGACGUACUUUUGGCCCAAACCUUUCUGAACUUUUUACUGCAGCUUGAAAUAAUUCUCUUGAUAAUAUUCUUAAAGUUGAGGACAACCUGACUCUUCAAAAUUAUUGGAUGACUUGAGAAGCUAGCUUAUUUGCGAAUUGUGGAAGUCUAGAUUCUCCAUCGGCUAAUUCAUUUCGAAGGUUAAAGCCAUGUAAAUUUGUUCAACCAUUUUACAGAAAUAUUCAGGAGAUUCCAAUCUCUGGUGUUCAAAGUAUCUGGCUUGAAGACUCUAAAGAGAUUAAAUCAGCCCUAAACUGAUUGAAAUAGUUCGAUACGAGAGACUCGAGUUCUAUGGCAUUAUAUUGACGUUAUAAUUAAGAACUUUGAGCUAAAAGAUGAAAUAAUCAUUUAUAAUCGAAACACCAUUUCAUGCAAAAAGCGGAAAAUCUUUGUAGAGUCUAUAACUUGCCUUAUGAACAUAAUAACCGGGCUUCUUUUGUUGUUACUGUCUCUAAAGCUUUAAUGCCAAUUCAUCAGAAAUUAGGCUUCAAUAAAGAUGAAAAAGUCUAGAAAUCUGUAGGCUAGUGCAGAUGGGUACUUUUACAAAAUCAGCAUGCACUUGUGAGUUGAAGCCCUCUAAACUUUUAAAAAAUCUGCUGUGUGUUCUAGUGAAUACCAAGCUUUUUGAUUACCUUGGUUCAAUGAGCAAGGCAACAAUGAGAGUUGAAUUUUUAACUCAUAUAAUUUAGGUUAUCGAAAGAUGAACUUUUUCUUCGGUAAAUGGCAAAUGUUUAUUCCUUGCUGCACUCUAAAAUGUCUGACAAAAAGAGUUGGGCUUAGCAAAGCCACAAUACUUGUCUGUCGUUAGAGAGCCAAAGAAGAGUGGUUGAUGCCAUAUGGAGUCAUUAAUGGCUUAUCAAACAUAAUCAUUUGAUGGCUAUUGAGAUAGCCCAUCUCCUGAUCAUCGUUGCGACUCAAACAAAAUUAACACAUUUUAGUUGAUAGAAAGAGACGAGGCCCGAUGCUCAAAAUCUAAAUGAGUUGUUUGGAUUUUAGAGUUGAUUAGGAAUGAUUAAAAAUUUAGUAAUUUGUCGACAAUAUUUGAGUUAACUGACUUUUUAUGAAAUCAUACCAUAACUUGAUGCAUCGGUCUGAGAAAAGCGAGGUUGACUAAAUAGAGAGAUCUGUUUGCUCUUCCUACACUUGAUUAAUCUCCUCCUUGGUAUGUGAACUUUUUAAAUUAAAUUUUGGGGGUUAAAAAGUUUAUUAAGAAUAAGUUCUUCAUUUGCAUGUGUUAAGCCUGGGUAAACCAUUAGAAAAAUCUAAAAAGCUUCUAAUCCUCAUAGUAUCUAGUAUCUCAUAAUGAAAUUUCCUUGAUAAAAGCCUGAAUUCACAGUCCUGAGUUCUGAAUAUAAGAGAUCUCACUAUAUGAAGUAGUAAAUUAAUAAUUCCUGAUUCGUCGAUUUCGGUGAAGCCAUGGCAAGGAGCAAGUAUUUCUAAUUCAGCUGCGAGUUUUGACUGGCCUUUUCAUAAGGAGUCAGAAUAUUAAGAACUUAAGUGUCUUAGCCUUCAGAUUCAAAAUCUAUGGAAGCAUUU